UUUACAGUCUCAUGUGUGAAAAUGGUAGAUUCAGACGACGACGACUUGGCAGAAAUGCGAAAACUUCGCGAACGUGCGAGGGAGCGAGUUAACAUACAGGAAGACCUGGAUGAUAACAGUGCAGCAGAUGCCGCUCAGAAACAAAAUGACGACAUGGCCAAAAUGAUGGGCUUCUCUGGAUUUGGUAAGAAAGCCAGGACGUUUGAUGUAAGUGCCAUGUUUGAGCAGACCCGGCGCACUGCACAGCAGAUUACAGCAAGUAAACCAAGUAAACCUUCUGCGGGUCCAGAAAGGCCAAAACCAACAGAAAAACCAAAACCAACGGACAAACAGAGGGGUAAAGAUGGAAGCGACGAGAGCGAAUCUGAGGAUUCUAGUGACAGCGAUGAAAUAGGUCCACCUCUGCCGCCCGGAUUCUCAGCUCCAGCUGCCUCCUCAUCAUCUAAUUCCUCCUCUAAGACCAAGCAGCAACCUAGUCAGGAUACAGGUGACAGUGACAGUGACAGUGACGAUGACGAUGAUAGCGGGGAUGACGGUCAGGAGGAUGAGAGUCUACCCAACAGAAUACCAGCCUCUCAUGAGAUUGUGUUAAAUCAUGGAGUCAAAACAGUUUCAGCGAUGAGUUUAGAUCCCUCUGGCUCUCGUUUAGUAACUGGGGGCGUUGACUAUGACAUGAAGAUGUGGGAUUUUGCUGCUAUGGACGCAUCGUUACACUCCUUCCGCUCGUUGCAGCCCUGUGAAAGCCACCAGAUAAAGACACUUCAGUACAGCAUUACCGGUGACUGCAUCUUAGUAGCAGCGGCCAAAGCUCAAGCUAAGGUCAUCGAUCGAGAUGGCUUUGAGGUCAUGGAAUGUGCCAUGGGAGAUCAGUACAUCGUUGAUAUGGCUAGGACCAAGGGCCAUGUUUCAACUCUAAACGGUGCCUGCUGGAAUCCCAAAAUCAAGGAAGAGUUCAUCACAUGCUCUAACGACGGAACUGUAAGGAUAUGGGACUUCAACAACCCCAAAAGACAGAAGGACGUUGUCAAGUUUCGAUCGUUACAGGGACGCAAGACGGUCCCGACUUGCUGUGCGUUCAGCCGGGACGCUAAACUGAUUGCAGCGCCGUGUCAAGAUGGAACGCUGCAACUCUGGGAUGUCAAGAAACCCUUCAUAAGACCAACAUUCCAUCAGAAGACGGCACAUGCUGUAGGUACUGAUACUUCAAGUAUAACGUUCUCAUAUGACAACAGGGUCUUCGCCACAAGAGGGGGGGAUGACACUUUAAAACUUUGGGAUCUGCGGAACUUCAAGAGGCCAAUAAAUGUAGCUACAGGACUUGUUAACUAUUUCCCAUUGACGGACUGUGUCUUCAGUCCGGAUGACAAGAUGCUGGUAACCUGCACCUCGGUUAAGAAGGGAGCCGGGGAAGGCAAACUCGUCUUCUUGGAACGAGAAACCUUCGAUAUUGUCGCCGAGAUUCCAUGCGGUGACUCGACUGUCUCCAGAUGUUUGUGGCAUCCGAAGCUGAACCAAAUCAUUGUCGGCUGCGGAAACGGAGAGGCGAAAAUCUUCUACGACCCAGACAAAAGUCACAGGGGUGCCAAGUUGUGUGUAGUAAAAAAGAAGAGGAAAGUCAAGGAACUAGACAUAGUUCGAAACGAAAGCAUCAUCACACCGCACAUGUUACGGAUGUACCGUAAGGAUCAACCCAAACUGUUGACAUCUUACAAGCAAAGUAAGAAGGAUCGUCAAGAUCCUGUCAAGUCACGUCGACCAGAUCUACCCAUCACCUCAGGGCGCGGUGGGCGAGUAGCAGCGGGCGGGGCUAGCUUAGCGUCAUAUGUUGCUAAAGUGAUUGCCGUUGAUAAGAAAGACGACAGCAAUCCAAGAGAAGCCAUCCUCCGUCAUGCCAAGGAGGCUUCCUCAAAUCCCUUCUGGAUCUCACCAGCAUAUACUGAGACCCAACCAAAAGCAAUCUACCAGGAGGAGUCAGACGAAGAAGAAACUGACGACACCGACGUUCCUCACUGGGCAAAGAAACAAAAGCUAGACACAGACACUUGAAGUGUGAUUUGUGGUGUACAUGUUUAGCUUGAUAGAAACACUGGAGGAGUGACAAGAUGGUGACACCAAUCACUGAGGUAUUGGGGAACACUGAAAGAGUGGCCAGAUGGCAACACGAAUCACUUGGUGCAUUCGAUUAGCUUCCCCGGGUCGACCCCAGUGUACUCAUCCUGGUGAGCCCCUGAAUUGUAAACUUUCUCCAGCAUUCACACUAAUGAAUCUUGGCACAGCCCACUGGAACUACUUUCGUAGUGUGCAUUUCGCUCGUUUGAGAAUUCACAAAAAUAUUGUAAAAUAAUUUAUCUCAAGAUAAAGCUGCAAAGUUAAAUUAUUUUACAAGCCCGCAUUGAUACAAAAAUACUUAAUGAUCACAAAGUCGCUGUUUUAAGGGUAAAAAUUUGUGUGAGAGUAUUCCGAUGAAUUACAAACGGAAUGUCCUAGAGUGCAGGGUCAUUGGUUCGAAUCCCUUCUGAUGAGUCUGAAUAUUUUCUUCCACAGAAAGUACAAAGUAAAUGGCACUAUCACACAUGGGUGUAAGGAUACAAAAAAUAGCAUUCUUUAUUCUCAAUACAAUUAUUACAUCUAUUACAUCAUAGUGUAGUGUGGAGCAACUUUCGCCCUGUUCAUCGAUUUACAGGUUUGAAAAGAUGUGGCUUAAAAUUCAAGUCUGUUAAUUUUUGACAAUUGCAUUUAUCUUGGAAUAAUUCUGUUGCAUUGUGUACCUUAUUAAGAGUGGAAUAUGUGCUGAAAUUCAUAAGGCAGACUACCCAAGGUGCUGUUUGCCGUUAAAACAAAAUUUAAAAUUUAUGAAAGAUCGCCUAACAUCACAUGGCCGAACAGCCACUACAAGUUGAGGGUUCACCUAAUUGAUUUGGGCUGUCGACCCAAAUCAGCUGUCACCAGGGGCACAGUGCUAUCUACUCCUGGGGCUGAAACAGGGUUAC